AUGAACGGAAGCGAGAUAAACACGAAAACGAAAAAGAUUACUAGUAACAAAAAUGAUAGUAAUAAUAACACAACAAGUGCGACCAUCACAACGAAUUUUCUUAGUAGCGAUAUGUUGUUGACACCAGAGAAAACGCAGCUUCCAUCUCCAGCACAUACAACAACGACAACUCUAAAGACAUCUCCACUCCCUCACUUAUCAGAAGAACAAAGGGUUGAAAUUAAAGAGGUUUUCGAUUUAUUCGAUAAUGAUAAAAAGGGAGCUUUGUGUUACCAAGAACUUAAAACUGCUAUGAAAGCUCUUGGUUUUGAUGAGAAAAAACCUGAAUUACUCAAGAUUAUCCGACAAUAUGAUAAAAGUGAUGAAGGGUUGAUUUCAUAUGAGGAUUUCUUUAAAUUUAUGGCGGAACGAAUUGUGAAUAGAUCACCAAUGGAAGAAGUUCAUAGAGCCUUUCAACUUUUUGAUGAUGAUAAUACUGGAAAAAUAUCACUUCAGAAUCUGAAGCGAGUUGCAAAGGAAUUGGGAGAAAAUUUGGAUGAAGAUGAAUUACAAGCGAUGAUUGAUGAAUUUGAUUUAGAUGACGAUGGAGAAAUAAGCAUGAAAGAAUUUAUUAAAAUUAUGACCGAGGAAUGA